AUGGGUCUUUGGUCAACCAGGUCAGGCAUCAGCGUCAACUACUCAUAUUCCUCGUCACCCACAUUUACUGCCGAACCCUGGUCGGUUCACACGGGCAGGCCGAGGUCAUCUUCGUCUGGUUCCUCGCGCGUGUCUGUCUUCAUCUUCGAUAAACGCAAAUUCGAAAACUACCUACUGAACUAUGGUGUGAUACAAUCCAGGUCCUCUUCUGCCGACAGGCAGCUGAUAUCUGACGCGUACGAUAUUCUGCGUACGCAGGUCAACAACAUGGCGAAAUUAAAGCACCCGAUGCUGCUCGGUUUGGUAGCGCCUCUGGAAGAGCACUCCAAGUCGUUCAUGUUCGUUACGGAAUACGUGUCGGGGUGCCUCUUAUCGAUCUAUCAAGGUCAUGAUUCAGACCAGGAUCUCUUCAGCACUGAGUCGCAGGACAUCAUUAUCCAGCGAGGCAUUUUACAGAUUUCUCAUGGGCUGGAUUUCAUCCACAACACCGCCAGUUCUGUGCAUCUAGAUUUAAAUCCAAGGACCGUGUUCGUGAACGAGCACUCUGACUGGAAAGUAUUUGGGCUUGGACAUUUAUUUAAGUUGGCAGCAGGGACGAAUACUGCUGAGUACUUUAUGCCGCAAUAUGAUUCCAGGGUUCCUUCAUUUAUGCAGUUGGACCUAAACUACACAGCGCCAGAGAUUGUAUUCGAAAAUACCGUAUCUCCAAGGAGUGACUAUUUUUCGUUAGGUGCGUUGGUAUAUUUCCUAUACUAUGGAAGGAAUUUAUUCAACUGUGAUAACUCUACAAGUAACUACCGGGAUGAGUAUAGCAGGUUUGAGCGGAAAUUAUCGCAGAUGUCAUGGGAGAGCAUCUUUAGCAAGCUGCCCGAUAAAGUGCGCGCUACGAUACCAAGGCUUAUGAGUAGGGAUCUCUACGCGAGAUAUGAAGAUAUAAACGAAUUUAUUGCUUCUGAGUUUUUUGAAGACCCUUUGAUCAAGACCUUGGUAUUUUUGGACGACCUCCCCACAAAAUCCACGGAGGAGAAGACAGUAUUCCUUAACGGGCUGGCGAAGCUUUUACCGAAGUUUCCGGCACAGUUGUUACAGAGGAAGUUCCUUACCGCCCUCCUGCAGCUACUGGAUCAGAGUUCCUCUUCCAACGAAAUCAAUUCCGAGUGCCUCAGCCAAACCUUGCAUAUUAUCAUUCAGAUAGGCAGAUCACUCUCCCAACUUACUUUUAAUGAGAAGGUCGCUCCCUACCUUACUUCGAAACAUAACUUUGAUAUCCUGCUGAAAAAUGCUUCCAUGUGCCUCAUCAGUAAUCUAGAGACCCUGAAGGAGAAGCUAAAGUCCGAAGUGUUCUGCGAGCAAAUGCUAAAACCACUGUUCGCGCAUGCGUUGAGUUCUGCCAACGACUCGGCCGUCGAGCUGCAAUGCAGUGCACUGUCGAAGCUGCAUGUUGCGCUGGAGACAUUGGAUUUCACCUCUGCCAAGCGCUCUUUCUUUCCGCUUAUCACUGAACUCUUCGUGCGCACAACAAGCCUGACGGUCAAAGUUUCCUGUAUAUCCAGCUUUCUCGAAAUGGUCAAACGCAGGAGUAUUGACAAGUUCACAGUGCUGGAAGAGUUGCUUCCGCUUGUACGAUCUAUGAAGACGCGCGACUCCCGCGUGCUCGUCAAAUUCCUGGACCUAUUCCGGGUCCUUCCCGACUUCAUACAGGACGACGAGGCCUUCGUACAGAGUAUCCUGCCUAUCAUGUGGACUUUCUCGAUGAGCAAAACGCUGUCCCCAGCCCAGUACUCAGAGUUCACCGAAGUCCUGAACAAUAUCACACAGCAGAUCCAGAGAUCCCAUCUGCAGGCCCUGCACAAGAACGAGUCCCACCAGAAGAAAACGUCCAAUUUCAGCAAGGUUAUAGAGAAGCCAGCUUCUCCCCCCGUGGAGCAACCCCCCGCAGUCGCGACCCCCGUCCUGCAGCCGAAGAAGCCUGCGCGGCCCGCCAACAAGUACAACUUGCUGGCCAAGCCCAACGGUGGCUACGGCACGGCCAGCUCCGCCGACAAACCCACAGCCAAGCCCAGCGGUGGCUAUGGCGUGGCCAGCUCCACCGAUAAGCCCGCUGUUAAGCCGCUCACCCUUUCCAAGGGCAUGCCCCUGGGCACGCGCCGCGCGCGAGGCUCCCCGCGUAUCCCGCAGCCUGCCCCGCAGGUGCCCGAAGAUGACUUCGACGCCUUUGUGUCAUCCUCGGAGCACAAGCCAUCGCCCCCGAAGCCCUCCGCCGCUGCGCUGCCCCCGGGCUUUUCCGCCUCGCUGCUCCAGCCCAGCAAGAGAAGCUCCACUCCGGCGGCUCCCGGCACCUGA